AACUGUUUUAUAAAGUCAAUUAAUAAAUCGACAUGCAAUAAAAGAUCUAGAAUGUUUGGGACUACCAAAGUAUAUCCCUUCAGCAUGGAGCUUUUUUGUCAAAAUAUGAAAUUGAUAUGUACAUAAAUGAUUUAGCUAAUCGAUUACGCUGUUUCAAUCAUGUGCCUUUUUAAAGUUUUUUUUCUACAGAACUGCUGGCAAUACCUUGAUAUAUUUUUGGAUGCAUAUCGCCCAUUAUGGAUUCGCAGCCAAGUUUUAACUUCGGCGUUGGAAGAGGUUUCGACUCUGCGGGGAGAGGGGGCUUUAACUCUGGGGAAAAGAAUUUUUUUAACUUCGGUGGAAGAGGAAGUUUUAACUCUGCGGGAAGAUCAGGCUUUACUUUCGGGCAAAGUGGAGGUUUUGACUCAGCAGGAAGAUCGGGGGUUACAUUCGGGCAAAGUGGAGGCUUUAAUUCUGGGGAAAAGGGAGGUUUCAAUUUCGGGGUAAAAGAUGGAUCUGACACUGGGGAAAAAGUUACAUUUAGCUUUGGUAAAAGAGAAGGUUCUUACUCAGGGGAGAAUGAAAGUUUUGGCUUAGGUAGAAAAGAAGCUUCUGGCUCCGGGGAUAAAGGAUUUGUUGGCUUUAGCUUUGGGGCGAAAGGAAGUUCUAGCUCAAUGGAUAAAAGCGUUUUUGGAUUCGGUGCCAGAGGAAGUUCAUAUUCGGUGGAAUCAAGAAGUUUUAGCUUCGGGGUGAAAGGGGGAUCUGGCACUGGCGAAAGACGAGGUUUUGAUUUCGGGGCAAGAGAAGAGGAGGAAGGUAAUAGCGACGAAGAUGAUGAUUCUGAAACUGACCUUGAUAACAUAAGUGAUGACGAACCCGAAGCAGAUGCAGAAGACGUCUUUAAUCAUAUGUAUAACACUGUCCUAAACCAUCAAUACAACUGGUCUUACGCCGGCACCACGCUGUUAGUUUACUGGGUCAGUGGCCAAGAUCCAAAGGUCAUAACGAGCGUCAAAAGACAUUCAGAGCAAACCUUGAUUAAAAGACUCUCCGGGAUGUACAAGAAAGAAUUAAUGAGAGUAAGAAUUUACCUCAACAACUCACCCUGUGAAUACUGCGCAAGCAAGCUGCUAGAUUUCCUAACGAGAAAAAGACAACUGCAGUUGACGAUCUACAUUGCUAGUCUUUAUAAGAUAAAACGCCGCUCGUGCAUAACAAAGGGGGAGCCACAUGUCCACGGAUUGAAAAAGAGGCAAAGCGAUAAAAACACCAAAGGUUUGAAGAAACUCAUGGAUCACAGGAGAUGCAAAGUAAAGUCUUUUAACGAGAAGACGUGGAAAGAUUUGCUGGAUGCUCUUGACAUCAAGUGCAAGAAGUUUGAAGAGGUUUACCAAACAAGAGAGGAGGAUGAUGAUAGAAGUAGAAAAGAAGAAGAUCUAUAUAUCAAAGAGGAUCUGAAGCACAUCGACGAAGAAGAGGACUAGAAAAUGUAUCCAAGUGAAAUACAAUAACAAGGAAUAUUAUUAUAAUAAUGAAUUCAUGCUUCCAUCGAACCUGUUAGCAUUUGUAAAUUUUAUACAAUGUUCAGAUUGAUUCUUUUUCGAAGAAAAAUAAUUGAAUGAUAUAUUUAUAUAUAUUUUUUUCUUUUUAACUUGCUUCGAAAAACGUCACCAUAUACAGAGGAAAAGAAACAAAAUUAGGACCUACUGUAGUGCAAAUGCCUACAGCGAGACACAAGCGUUUGAUUUUAAGGCUCGAACAAGCUUAAGGACAGAAAAAAAUAUAUGGCAUAUAAAUUUUAGCCCAAAAGAAUCAAAGAAAGAAUAUAUAAACAUAUACAUGUCAUUUUUAAUUUAGUUAACUUUAGAUUUUAAGUAUUGUUUUGAGUGUUUGCUUGUUUUGAAUUUUUUCAGUCAAAUUGGGACACCAACAAUUCCCGGCGAAAGACUGCAAAUUUAGACAUACUCGGAACUGUGACUCAUGAC